CGACCUCCAGGACCAGCUUCCGCUCCUCCCGGAAGUGACAUUGAAGCCGGGCGGCUCAGUGCGGUAGCCGCCGCCACCAUGGGCCGCGAGUUUGGGAAGCUGGCGCAUAUUCGGCACGUGAUCUCCUACAGCCUGUCGCCCUUUGAGCAGCGCGCCUUCCCAAACUACUUCAGCAAAGGCAUCCCCAACGUGCUGCGCCGCACUCGCGAGUGCAUCCUGCGCGUGGCUCCGCCAUUCGUAGCAUUUUAUCUGAUCUACACAUGGGGGAACCAGGAGUUUGAACGGUCCAAAAGGAAGAAUCCAGCCAUGUACGAAAAUGACAAGUGAGCCGCGACGCAUCUGGAUGCCAGUUCCCUGCCUUUGAAAGACCCUUCUCUGGGAGAGGAAUCUACAUUGUAGUGUCUUGAAGACACAAUAAACUACUUCUGGGCUU